GCUAGGUUCUACUGGAAACUGGUACGCCGAGCCUGCAACCAUAUACGGCAGCCAUACUUGUCCGCCGCUGUCUUCCUCGGUCUGCUCGCCAGCGCAUUCGCUGGACACGUCGCGGCUCCAGUGGUCAGCCACGCCGUCGCUGCUCCAGUAGUCAGCCACGCUGUCGCUGCUCCAGCCGUUACCUACGCACGCUACCACACGGUCGCUGCUCCAGCUGUCCAUACCGUCGCUGCUCCAGCCGUCAGCUACCAUCGCUAUGCCUACGCUCGCCCAGCUGUCGCCGUCGCCGCUCCAGCUGUCCACGCUGUCGCUGCUCCAGUUGCCGUCGCUCGUCCAGCUGUGACUUACGCCGCUGCCCCAGCUCUCAGCUACGCCUACGCCCGCCCAGCUGUCCACGCUGUCGCUGCUCCAGCUUUCAGCUACGCUCGUCCAGCUGUUGCCUACACUGCUCCAGCUGUCCACGCUGUUGCUGCCCCAGCUGUCCACGCUGUCGCUGCUCCAGCUUUCAGCUACGCUCGCCCAGCUGUCACCUACGCUGCUCCAGCUGUCCACGCUGUCGCUGCUCCAGUCGCCGUUGCCCGUCCAGCUGUGACCUACGCCGCUGCCCCAGCUCUCAGCUACGCCUACGCCCGCCCAGCUGUCCACGCUGUCGCUGCUCCAGCUUUCAGCUACGCUCGCCCAGCUGUCACCUACGCUGCUCCAGCUGUCCACGCUGUCGCUGCUCCAGUCGCCGUUGCCCGUCCAGCUGUGACCUACGCCGCCGCUCCAGCCGUCCACGCUGUUGCUGCCCCAGCUGCCGUGACCACCGUCCACCACGCCCCUGCUGUUGCUACCUACGGUCUUGGUUACGGUCACGGCCUCAGCUACGGCCUUGGCUACAGCGGUCUUGGCUACGGGCUCGGCCACGGCUACGGCCUCGGUGGAUACAGCUACGGUCUUGGCGCCCACUACUACGGUCUCCACAAGAAAUAGACGCUAUGCGUUAUAUCCCCCAACUGUCUAUUUAUCGCUUCCGAUACUCUCAUCCGCCAUUGGGAGCGUCGAGGACAAAACUACGAAGCGACGUAUUCUGUGAAUAUCCAAAACAAAUAAAGAUGAAAAACU